CACACACAUCUGUGAAUCAGUGAUCAUGGAGAAGGCUGUGCCCAUGAACAGGUUGAACAGAGACAUGCUGAUUGAGAUACUGGCUCGUGCUGAUGGCCCUGCAAUCGUAUCGGCCUCUUGCGCAAGCACCGGCCUCCGGGAGGCCUCACAGGAGAAGAACCUUUGGGAGAAUCUUUGCCAAACAACCUGGCCUUCUACAAAGGAACAUAGAGUUCAUGAUAUCAUCUCCUCUUCAGGUGGCUUUGCUAAGUUCUACUCAAACUCUCUUCCACUUGUCCUUUACAAUCCAGAACAACAACAGCAACAGCAACAGCAACAGCAGCAGGGAUUCAUUAGUACACCUUCAGAGCUUGUCUCUCUGGUUGAUGUGUUCUAUGGAGGAGUUUGUGUGUUUUCUAACGUAGUGCAUGGUAUCCCCAUGCAUAACACAGGGAGCUGGUUCCUUGACUGCCCAUUCAGAUUGGAUGCACUUGAUGAUGGUGCAUCUCCUCCUCUAAUGGCUGAAGGGGAGGAGGCUGUGAAGGAGGUGUACAAGAGGCUUGAUGAAUUGAGGUUGAGCUGGGUGUUGUUGGAUUCUAGGAAUGGUGUCGCUGUGAAUCUCUCGAGCUGGCGCCCUACAUUGGUAGAGAAGAACUGGCCAUCAGAAGGCAAUCUGCUUGUGAGGUUCAGCUGUCCUCUGCCAAUUGAUCAACAGUUGCUUGGUGGAGCCGGUGGGGUGGAGUAUGUGAUCGACUUGAGGUUCCGUGUCUUGGAGAGGCCGAUGGCAAUGACUGAGCUGAGAAUGGUGGAGGUGAUGCUGCAGGUGGAGGAUGUGGAUGGUAUGCAUGUCAACGGGCGGGGGAGCUUGAUGGUCCUCUACUGGGCAUUGAGCUGUUCGACAAGGAGCAGAGACCGGCGUGCCAUUGAGGAGGGAUAUAUCAAGUACCAGAGCAAGCAGAAGGAAGCCCUUGACGUGAAGAACAGGAAGGAAAGGUUGGUAGAUAAGAUGUGUGCUUUAAGUGGAGCUGCAUUGUUUACAUUCUUUUGCUUGUCUGGUUAUAACUUCUUGAUGUAGAGAUUGUCUGGUCCAUCAAAAAUCAUUCUGUACAAACAAUUCAAAACAGAA